AUGUUCAAGAAAAGAAUCAUCAAGGAUUCUAAUACAUCAAAACGUAGAAUAUCAGACAUAACCAAUAAUGAUAACGAUACUAAGGUAAAUCAGGAAUCAAAUCAAUCAAAAGAUCAAAAUUCAGAACAAGUACUAAAAAAAUCAAAAUUGACUUCAACCAAUUUACCAACUACUUCAAAAACAACAACAGCAUACAAAAAACCAUCAUCACUACUAUCACAAGUAGAUCAACAACCUCCAUCAACAGAGCUAGCCACAAAGAGAGAUGAUGAUAGAAUAACAACAGAAAUAACUAAAAAUUCACAAAGCAAGACACCUCAAAAUAUAAAGUUAACAACAAUAACUGAUUUUCAACCUGAUGUAUGUAAAGAUUUUCAACAAACUGGUUAUUGUGGUUAUGGAGAUACUUGUAAGUUUUUACACAUCAGAAGUGAAUCAAAGCAAAAAAUACCGAUACAAAAAGAAUGGGAAAAUGUUGGAGACAAACCCAAAUUUAAAACAAGUUCAAAAAAGUCAACCACUGAAUUACAACCUUUUAAAUGUGUUAUAUGUAAAAAUGAUUAUAAAAAUCCAAUCAAAACUAAAUGUAAUCAUAUUUUCUGUCAAUCAUGUUUUUUGAAAAGAUACAAAAUUGAUAAAAAGCCCAAUUGUUUUAUAUGUAAUGAAAAUGUUGAUGGUAUAAUGAUACCUGUUGGUAAAAAAGAAUUAGAUCAAUUAAUUAAUGGUUGA